GGGACCUGCCUUCAGAGCUUGACACACAGGAGACCAGAGAGGAGGGGGCUGCAGAGACAUUGUAAACUUAUGCUUCUCUCAGAAAUUCUGAGCUGAACAUUACCCCUUGAAAAGACUUCCAAUGUCAUCAUGAAGUUCAUCCCCCUCUGGGCUCUCCUGAACCUGCCCGUUGUUUUGGCCUUUAAUCCAGAUUACGUAGUUGCCGACACUCCCCCCUAUUUGGUCUUCCUGAAAUCCGAUUACUUGCCCUGCGCCGGAGCCCUGAUCCACCCGCUGUGGGUGGUCACAGCCGCACACUGCAACUUACCAAAGCUUCGGUUGAUAUUUGGGGCUACAAUCCCAUCAGACCUCGGUGAAAGGCACCUGCAGGUGUUGGAUUAUGAGAAGCUGAUUUACCAUCCACACUUCUCAGUCACUUCUAUUGAGUAUGACAUCAUGUUAAUCAAGCUGCAAACAGAAGUUGAACUCAAUGACUAUGUGAAAGUGGUUGACCUGCCCUACGAAGCUGUCCCUGUGAACACCAUGUGCAAUGUCUCCACCUGGAGCUACAACAUAUGUGAUAUGUCCAAGGAGCCUGACUUACUGCAAACUGUGGAAAUCUCUGUAAUCUCCCAAAAUGAAUGUCGUGAUGCCUACAAAACCCACAACAUCAGGGAAAACAUGCUGUGUGUGGGCAUCGUGCCAGGAAGGAGGCAGCCCUGCAGGGAAGUCUCAGCUGCCUUGGCAGUCUGCAACGGGAUCCUUCAGGGAAUCAUGUCUUUUGCAGAUGGAUGUAUUUUGAGAGCUGAUGUUGGCAUCUAUGCCAAACUCUCUAACUAUAGACACUGGAUCGAAAAGGUAAUACAAAACAACUGAGGCAGGAGUUCUGGACCAUGUGGCACAGCAUUUCCAAUGUCUAGCCUCAGAAUUAAAUCCAAAUUGACUCCUCGAA